GCCAAAUCACUCGCUAUAAAGAGUGUGAGCAUCCCGAUCAGCUCGCUGCCGAAGGUAUCACCUACCGACCUCCACCAGCAGAGCGCGUUCAAGUUCGAUUGACUAAAGUAGGAAGUAAAGAUCAUGCUCGCAGCCUCCCUUCGCACUACAGCGCGGCGGCAAGCGGCCUGCUCGUCAAGAUCGCUGCGUUUCUCGACGAGCACGCUCGUUCGCGAUGCGUCCAAACCCCAGCAGAUCGAUCCGAUGACCGGAGAAGUGAUGGGACUCUCCACGCUCGAUGCCUCGUCGCUUAAGGUAACUAAGACACAGCAGCCGAAGACCGUACCGCCUUCCAGCUCGCUUGUGUUUGGUCAAAACUUCUCGGAUCACAUGCUCUCCGUCCCCUGGAACGCACAGACCGGCUGGGCACCGCCUCAUAUCCAUCCGUACGGACCGCUCCACCUGGAUCCCAGCUCUGUCAUAUUCCACUACGCACCGAGUCUGUUCGAGGGAAUGAAGGCGUACAAGGACGUCAAUGGAGGCAUCAGGCUCUUUCGACCAGACAUGAACAUGAAGCGUCUCAACGUCAGUGCUGACCGCAUCGCGCUGCCAGCCGUCGAUGGCGAGCAGCUGACAACGCUCAUAAAAAAACUCGUCUCACUCGACAAGCACUGGAUCCCAGCGGAUCCGGGUCAUUCGCUGUACAUCCGACCGACGCUCAUUGGCACGCAACAAGCCCUAGGUGUAUUCCCGACCACCGAGGCGCUUCUCUUCGUUAUCUGUUCUCCCGUCGGACCGUACUACAGGAGCGGCUUCAAGCCUGUUGCGCUCGAGGCUGACCCAUCUAAAGUCCGCGCAUGGCCAGGUGGCACAGGACAAUACAAGCUCGGUCUCAAUUACGCGCCAGGCAUCAAGAUGCAGGUGGAAGCAGCGAAAAGCGGCUAUCAGCAAAACCUGUGGCUGUUCGGCGAAGAGCACUGGCUCACCGAAGUUGGAACAAUGAACAUGUUUGUUGUCAUCAAGAAUAAAGAUGGUGCCACGGAGCUCAUAACACCCCCACUGAAUGGAAUGAUCCUCCCCGGUGUGACGCGCGCUUCGAUCCUGGAAUUGGCACGAGAUCACCUCGCAGGGAAGUUCCCCAUCGACGGCCUACCCUCGGACCUCAUUGUCUCUGAGCGCGAGAUCAACAUGGCCGAGGUUGUCGAAGCGGAGAAGUCCGGCUGCUUGCUGGAGAUGUUCGGCGCGGGCACCGCGGCGAUCGUCAGCCCCGUCGAGCGCCUAGGGUACAUGGGUCGCGACAUUCGUAUCCCAACGUCGGAGGAGGGCGUCGGCCCCAUCGCCAAGGUCAUGCUCAACACUAUCACCGGUAUCCAGCUCGGCAAGAUCGAGCACCCAUGGAGCGUCGUUGUUGAUGAGAAUAUAUAAUCAACUCUGAAUCUACUGUCUACUAGGACCUAGGAUGUGUGGCAUGCUCUAAAUCCAGGAGAUGAGCAAUUCGCAUGAUGACAGUAUGGUACAGUACGCCAGAUUCUUCAGAGGUAGUCAUAAGAUUGGCUGUAUCAGAUCGAGAAGCCGCGUUGCGUCUCCUUCUCACG